AUGUUUCCACCAGGCGACCAGCAUGUCCAUAUUUAUGGAAGCAGCGAUGCUGCCUUCCCCCGAGGAAGGACGGGUUACAAAAGGUCGGCCCCAAAAACCACACACUCCGAUCGCCCAACGGUUGACCGUGACGGCCGCCGCAUUGUUCAAUACAGUCGAAAUACUUUUAAAGCCAAAGAGCCCGGUGCUGCUCAGAAGGCACUUGCUGUGCGCAGCCGCAUCACGAAUGAGACAGUAAUGCCUUAUUCCCUGCGCCCUCGGCGGGACGCUCCUUCAAAUCAGACUGAUUUACAAGCUGGUGUAUUUGUUUCACUUGCCUUAGAUAUGGAGAAAAUGAUAAGACGCAAGUUGUUCAAACUGGUUGUUUUAGCCGAUUGCACAGCCUGUCAGUCCAUAAACGGUCAAAAUUAUACUCAGAUGGCCAAAUCUGGUACUCCAGAUGUGUAUCAAGAAUUGAACGUCCGGGGAGGUCAACAGAAAGCUGGAAAAUGUCCACAAAUCAAAAAUUCUGUGCAGAGAACAGGAAUUUUGUAUCAGAAACAACGUUUCCAAACCAACCAGUUCACCACCAAUGUUGACCUUCUGGACUGGAUAAGAGGCUGGUGUAUGGCGCCCAGAGAUAAAGAUGAGAAAAACACUCCUGCCAAUCAUUAUAUGGAAUGCUUCUUUGAAGAACCAAUCCUCAGCUGUUACAUCAAACUGAUUGCCGUUUCCAAAGAGAGUGUGCUUCGGGCUUUUUGGGAGAUGGAUUAUUCGCUUAUCCGCUGUCCCGACAAACGCAACGGAAGUUAUAGCGAAAAAUUACAAAACCAACCGUUGACACCAUCAACAUGCCGGGAAAUCGAACGUAACCUUAAUCGAGAGAUGGUCCCAGUUACGGAUAAUGCUGCCUUCACUGUAACCAAUUCAUGUUGCGAUGAAGAUUUCGUCCUAUUCAGACAGAGCAAAUUGGAUGCUUUUCAGCCAAGGCUUCGUCCUGUAAUUGAACUCAAUCUAUACUCAGAAGCCGAGAAGCACUGUACAUUGAGACUCAUCAAGUGUGAACAGUUCACAAAUCUCCACUUUGAUUCGACCUUGCAACUUCCCAGCGAACAGUUGAGGAUCAAACUAUCCGACGACACGGGACUGAAAAACUCCACCCUAGUCAGGUGGGAGCUGUUGGAAAUACCCAGACCCUUAUAA